AUGACUAGGGCCACUCGGAAGUUUCCUGUCUCCGAAGGCUGCACCACCGAGGCGGGCCCUGUCCAGACACGGAGGGCGGGAGGACAGGCGGGGGAGGCUGACCGCACGGGGCCUGCGGAGCACAGGCACACUUCAGCCCAACUGAGAGGCAGACGCACAAGCGGCAGGACGGACGCGCGGGUGGCGGCUGGAAUCGGCGGCUCGGCGGCAGGCUGGUGGAAGAUGUCGCUGGGUGCCGGAGGAAGGGGGGGGCGGCACGGCCGAGCGGGGGCCGGAGCCGCCGAGGAGGGGCCCGUCGGGGUCCCGUUCCCGGAGCACAGCGCGGAUAUCUUGUGCGGCCUCAACGAGCAGCGUCUGAGCGGUCAGCUGUGCGACGUCCUCCUGGUGGCGCAGGGCAGGGAGUUCCCGGCCCACCGCUCCGUCCUGGCUUCCUGCAGCGCCUACUUCCACAAGCUCUUCACCUCCGGGGCCGCCGCCGACCGCCAGAGCGUCUACGCCCUUGACUUCGUGCGGGCCGAGGCCCUGUCGGCCCUCCUGGAGUUCGCCUACACGGCCACCCUCACCGUCAGCCACGCCAGCGUGGGGGAGGUGCUGAGUGCCGCCCGGCUGCUCGAAGUGCCGCCCGUCCGGGAGGUCUGCACACACCUCCUUAAGACCAAAGUCCUGUCCCCUCCGGCGGGAAGCGAGAGAGGAAAGGAGGAGGAUGGCGAGGACCUGGUGGAAGGAGGCGGAGGGGAGCGGGGCUGCCGUCUGCAGGCCCAGGAGUACCUGGAGUUCUUCCAGAGGGGGGCGCUCUGGGGCAGCAGCUGCAGCACGCCGGAGCUCAGGGACCCACCAGCACAACUGCACUUUAACCAACGCAACGGGGCGGAUGGCAGGGGUUCCCCCCUGGCGCUGGCUCUGGCCCAGUCGGCCCCGGCAGACCCCGAGGAGGACGACGACGAAGACGGGGAAGGUCCGCCGGCAGACGCCAGGGACCUCUUGGCUUGGGCCAGGGGCAACGGAGGAAGUGCGGCGCCUCCUUUUUACCCCCCUUCCCAGAACGGACAUUACUACCUCCAGCCAGACAGCAAACUGGAGCGAGAGCAGGAGCAAGAGCAGGAGACGGAGAUGGACCAGAGCCCUGAUGUGGGAGCGACCAGCGUCCUCUUGCGCCACAUGUUGGACUCCAUGGGGCAGUCGGAGGAGCUGCCCGACGGCGAGGACCCCGAUGUCGAGUUUUACUUGAAGUACUUCAGCAGCGUGCAGCGAGAGGGCAUGACUGCCGGAUCCCAGAGCCUCCUUCCCCUGUGGACAGCGCGCGGCAGCGGCAUCUCGGCCACCGGCGGCGCGGCCAGCGGGGAGAAAAAGAUGCGAUCCAAGGCCUUCCAAAAGUGCCCCAUCUGCUCCAAGGUGAUCCAGGGUGCGGGCAAGCUGCCCCGGCACAUCCGCACGCACACCGGCGAGAAGCCCUAUGAGUGCGCCAUCUGCAAAGUGCGCUUCACCAGGCAGGACAAGCUGAAGGUGCACAUGCGCAAACACACGGGGGAGAAGCCGUACCUGUGCACGCAGUGCGGAGCCUCCUUCGCCCACAACUACGACCUGAAGAACCACAUGCGCGUGCACACGGGCUUGCGGCCCUACCAGUGUUCCAGCUGCUUCAAGACCUUCGUGCGCUCCGACCACCUGCACCGGCACCUCAAGAAGGACGGUUGCAACGGCAUCCCCUCCCGACGGGGCCGCAAGCCACGCAUACGGGACCCCGCUCUCCUCCUCCAGGCCGAGGCCGGACUCCCGGGGCCCGGUCCACGGGGCGGAAGAGGAAGGCGGCGCCUGGAGGCUCCCGCCGCCGUCGCCAUCGCGACGGCAGACCCUCGAAGCCCCACGGACAGCCCGAGACAGCUGGAGGAACUGGGGGAGGCAGGGCAAUGAUACGGGGAUGAAGGGGAGUGGUGUCGAGGGGGGCUGGACUCCCAAAGUUGCAAUGGCCUGGGUGAAAAAUGAAACAAAAGAACAACUAACUACUCCUCUAUAUACCAAAUCAGGGUGUCAUGGUCUAAUCUUACGUUUGUUUCUCCAUUUGCUUUGGACUUCGGAAUAACCACACGUGAUCGGUGGGCCGGCGUAGAGCACUAAAAUCACACACUCCUGCUGCUUCUUUCUGGGCUUCGUUCUGUGUGGUCUGACUUCUGUGUAUUGGCACGAGCUGUGCGGCAAAACCAGAAGUCUAGGAGUAACUAUGCAGCUGAAAGACAUUUUAUGGCUUUUGUUUACAUUUGAGGAAACACUGAAUACCCCAGAGCAGCCUUCUGAAAGUCCGAAAAGCGGUAACGCGUUCCCGUCGGACUGGUUCAAUGAGAAAGAACGUUUGCGUCGAAACGGGGAAGCGACCCGCGCAUAUUUUGCGUUUCUAGCGCACACGCAACAAGACGAAUGCCAUCCGACAUCCGCACCUGAUUAUAUGCAAGGAUGCAACAGCCAUGCCGUCGCACCGCUGCGAUUCUCGGCGUACCAGAAAGAACCGGACGGGAGUUUGAUUUUAGUGCUUCUCGCUUUGUGCGAAAAGUUCCAUCCUUUUCCAACGGGAAGCGAUGAAUGGGAGCGACUUCCGCCGAGCUCCUUCGCGAGGCCUGGGGAGGGAAUCGGGGAGCCCCGACUUUCUCCUGCACUACAACAGACCUUCCACCGGGAGGGCUGGCCACUCCAAGUCCCUCCCCUUUUUGGCCCCACCCCACCACAUCAGCUUUCUCAUCCCUUUUCUGAUUUGUCUUAAUUUUAUUGCAUUUUUUUUUUUUUCGCUGUUGAUGUUGAUUUUAUUUUAUUUUUUGUUUGUUCCUUAUUGAGUUGAACGCUUGGGUACUUGACACUUUAAGUUUGUAUACAUGUAUGUACAUUAGGUGGUGAUCGCAAUUGUUCUUUUUUUUUUUUUUUUUUUUUUUUUUUUUUCUUUUUUUGUAAGAGGCCUAUUUCCAAUUGGCUUAUUCCUUGAACUUGAUGUCACAUUUCUCAGAGAGCAUGAGACCAGGGGUGAAAACUGUGGAAAUCUAGGAAAUGGUUUUACAGGACCCGAAUCUCACUUUUAACUCAAUUAAGCCAUUUCUCAGACAGCUGAGCUGGAAGUCACUAUUCGGAAGAACGAGAUGGCUGCGGCCGGCUAUUCGGAAGCGCAUUUGGCUGAUUUUGCCUUUGCUUGCGACAAAGGGGGUCCUGUUCUCGACCAGCUUGUGACAUAAAAGGGAAGUAAAUGUCACUGAUUUGAUUGAGAGAAAAGAGGGAAGAGGGAGAAACAUGCACAUUUUGCCCAAAUUUGCACAUGCUUGCCGGAGAAAUCUGACCAAAACGUGUCGUACUUUGAAAGAGGCGGGAGGAGAGCGUUUAUUCCAGUCUUUAACCCCGGGACCAUGAAACCAUGAAGCAACCUGUGCAAUGAAGAGAGCAAUAAGUACCUGUCUGAGCUGGGAGGCCAAAAAGGAGCACGGCAGAGUUGCGUGGUGGGGGCCGGGUCGGGUCGGAUGCGGUGGGGUCGGCCUGGCCUGUCACUUUUUUGCACUCCGAAAUCUAAUCCCGUGUUCUUCAAGAGAACCUGUUGUAUUGCACAGUCCAGUGAAAGUAGCAGUGAGUGGCUGUGCAGCAUUCCCUGCUUUCAAAGCGCACUUCCUUGCUGGCGUGGCGCCGGGUGCCAGAGCGUGGCACGCUAGGCUGCUGGGGGGUGGGGGCAGAGUCUGCUCUGGGGUGGGGUCUCCGAGGAGCACCAUCGCAGAGAUGACUCACCCCCUGGCCUGGAGCGCUGGCACGGCGACCAGCGGGCGUGAACAGGCACAUCUGCCAAAUCCAGAGAAGCACUUUGAACCAGGACUCGGCGUACCUGGGCGCGGGGGUGGGGGGGCUAGUGGGGGUCGACUGCACUUCUCUCUUUUUGCACAGCAACCGGUAACGUGGCCGCCUGGUGCUCGUCUCCCCGCUCGUAUUCGCUUCAACAACGCCCCCUCCCGUGGUGUGCGUAUAACGCAUAUCGAGGCCCUGCCGCCGCCUGUCCCUCUGUCUCUGUCUGUCUCUCGUUUACCGUCCGUGUACCUGGAGGGUUUCCGGGCGACGGGAGGGUCCGUUCUUAGAUUGUAUCCCCCACCACUGCCGUACUGCUGUGCCCCGACUAUCAGUCCUUUGCACCUUACUGAGAUGGAAGCAGGCUUUUGAAUGCACUUUGUUACUGAGAAGGGCACUUUUCUCAAAGAAACGGGUACUUUGAAGCAAAAAAGGAAAGGAAAGAACGAGGAAAAAGUUGCUCCGGCGGCGGACGUUCGGCUUUUUUUUGUUCCCCUCUUUUUUUUUUUUUCGGUCAGUUUUUCAUGACAGGCUGCCAAAAAGAAAUGUACACAGAAUCUCGGCUGAGAGAUAUUGCAGGGAACACAAGUGGUUUAGGAAACGGACGAGUCAGGUUUUGUGACUUAAAGAAAUGGAGAAGAAAAAAAAAAAAAAAAAAAAACCCCAUGUAACUGAUUGCACUUGAAGUUAGAUAUUAAACAUAGAGCAAGUUUUGUUUUUAUUUUUAAAAAUUCAUGUCUUAAAGGGGGUUGAGCUCACGAGGGACGAUGGGGUGUAUGUGUGCGUCGGCUCCUUUAGUCUUAUUCCCGGGCACAGCGAGCGUGGUCUUUGAUUUGCCUUCUUCUGCUCAGCAGCCCAGUAAAAAAAAAAAAAAAAAAAAAAAAUAGAGGGAUCGUCCCCAGACAAACUUUUUUAGCAGCAGACACAUUUUUCCCUGCUGGUUUAGUGUACUCUUUUGUCCUUCUAGGCUCGCUUUCCACCUGCUCAUUUCAGGCAAACGCCUUUAUUUAUUACUACUAUUAUUUUAAAUUUCCUCUCCUACUUGAAGCACGUUUACGCCCUGUGCUCGUCGCCGGGGAGAGACGCGGAGGUGUGUCUUGAGGUGAAUGUAAAUGAAAUGCGCAGCUGAACAGAUUUAUCACGCCUCCCUGAAACUGGUGACUCCAGCUGGGUUUGGCUACAGCCCCGACCGUAUCGAUUAGAAUUCCACGGGGACAUCCGACCGAUCCCACGCUCCCGAUGGGUCUCGCGGGAGACGAGUUAAGAGGUGGAGACAUGUUCCUUGGAGCCCUCCUCCUGCCCCCUGCACACACACUCGCACACUCACGCACACCUCCCCCCCGCUGCGAGGGGAGCCGCCUAAUGCAGCACCCAAAUCCUCUUACUUGCGUGACAUUAUCAGCCCCUACGGACCAGCGACCAGCAGCCUCCGUGCCAUGGGCGGAGGGGUAUUUAUAAACCACGAGACUCUGGGCGCCAUUGCAGGACAUGCGUACAUCCAGCCCGAAAUCUCUUCGCCGCCACGCUUCGUUUCUUCAUCCCUCCGCUAACGUUCUGCUGAAGCGCCCAGACUCGAAGGCCUUUCCGAUCACUUGCACUUAUGCGUUUCCGUGGAGUUCGACUGCGUGUAAGGUGCGAGUAGCGGGGGGGAGACAUGCCUGCCGAGAGGACCAGGCCUCGUCCCCGAGCCAACCCCCUUGUACGUGUGCAACAUUUUGUGUGGAAUCGUACAUCGCGUUACUUGAGUUCUUUUGUUUCUCUUCGUUCGGUUUUUUUUUUUUUCCUUAAACUGUAGGACCGAGAAAUUUGUAGGUUUUAAAACGCUUCUGUUUUUUGUAAUUAUUUCACUUCUGAACGGUGGCUGUACAGCUUCUUAAGUGGGUGUUUUUUUAAAUCUAAAAAAAAUGAAUUCGUAGGUUAUGUGGGUGGGAAAUGUGUGUGUGGGGGGGGGGGUGCGAAGCCUGACAGCACUGGAACUGGUGCUUUAGCCAAGGCAGCGAGAGUUUGCACUAAAAUGUCCUUGUCCCGCCGGGGAGGGGAAGAGCGCCCCGCGCCGGCCCGGUAGGGGGCGGCCCUCCGACAACGGAACAGCUUCCAUCACAUCGCAGGCGGCUCCGAAAACUCACAGGGAUGAAUGUGUUACACGCCACGUUAAAGUGUGUACGUAUGCGUGCUGCAGUCUUGCACGCACAAAGACUCCUGUUCUAGAAGCCAAAUGUGCGGAGACUGAAACCAUGUAGACUUUGUCCUCUUCUCCCUCAUAUCUGACCCUAUGCGAGAAAUUGCGGCUGGGGAGCAUCCUGCAGGUCCGACUGAGGCCUCGCUUCGUUUUCUGGCAGAAAUAGAGCGGUUCACCCUUUCUUAGUCUUUCUAGAAUUCCGGCGAGAUGCAUCUGCGCGCAGCUGGAGGGACGGAGCCGGGCCCGAGCGCGUACCGGGGGUUCUGGGUCGCAUCCCAGGCCGUGCGGCGUGAGCCCAAGACCAAGGCGCCGGUCCAUUUGGCGAAAUGGAAAGCGCUCUCGCCAAAUCCUUCAAAAACGCAUCCCGGUAGAAACGCCGGUCAGAAGUAGGGAUUGAUACCUACCUAGUGCGGUUUGGAACGUGAAGGGAGCAGGUGGAGACAUCCCGAGCAGAUCAGUCAAGAAUACGUGUAGAAUCGGAAGAGAGCUGCAGGACAGCCUUCGUGUGCUGGUCCGUGGUACCGAUGCGGCCAGCGACGAAUGAGAAGGAGCGGCAGGCCGCGUCACGCGAAACCUUGUGCAGCAGGUAAAUGUGGUACGAGCAGGUAACCUGCUGUGGUUAAACGGUUAAUGGACGAGUGUGGACAUGGGUUUAGAGCGAGCGGAGACGGUAGAGUCGGCUCGUCGCGCGUCUUGCUGCUCCCCCUCUUCCUCGUUUGCCUGCAUCCUCGGCCCCGAGUUGCGGUCGCUGUCCCGCCGCGCCGAGGUUUCCCGCGUCCCCCUCCGAACCGUGCAGAGUCCAGUAGUAGAUUUACGGAAAGCGUUCACUUUUUAAUGACAACAACCGUCAUUAUCGCAAACGGGUAUGAGUGUGGCAAUUAUAACAGAUUUUCUUCUUAUUUUUUUACGUACGCUUGGCAGGAGCGAAACUGGGAGGUGGAUGCAGACCUGUUGCGUCCAAUUCCGGCAGAUCGCCGUCUCUCCGGAGCCGCGGUGCGGCUUCGGCCGAUGUUGGGGUGGUCCGCUCUGCCUUUCGGGUUGCAGCAACUUUUUAUUCCACACUAAAAUCUUGUAAUUUAACUCUAAACUUCUCAGAUGAGCUCGUGCUGUCCGUCGCCGUCGCUUACGGCUGUGGCGCCGAACACGUUUUACUCGCCGGGGUAAAGAUCCGGGUGCAGUUUUGCCCUGGUGGGACAGAACGGACCCUGUGUGUGUGCGCGUGUGUGUAGCCUAUGGCCUGGCUGCUGUUCUUACUGUGUCUGCGUGAUCUCGCUGUGCCUGCCGACAUGGUCGGGAGGACCAGGAGUCGGGGAAAGCGGAGGAGCAUCUUUACACGUGGAACACGUGCGAGGGAGUUCGUCCAACUCGUCGUCCCAACGUAAAGGAUACAUUCCAGAAAUUCAUUCCUAACCAGGAGAGCCAUUGGGAACCCUGGGGGGGGGGGAGGUUGAUGGGAUACACACAGGUCCAAGAAAACUCCUUUGCUUCUCCCUUCCUCCUGCCUCCUCCUGUUCCCAGUCCAACAGGCCGUGAUCACGGCCUCUAAGAGUUGCCCUGCUGUGUGUUGUAUGGGAUGAAGCACUUUGUGAAAGGCCAUCCAAAAACAAAAAAAAACGUCAAUUUGGUUUUUACCGUCAUUGUUUCUAGUCUUGUCGGUAUGUUAUUGAUAUUUGUAUUAUUUAACUGCAGUAACUAGAUGGGGGGGGGGGGGGGGG